CAGAAGGUAUAUAAGCGGCGGGCUGAACAUUCUGUUCAUAGUUUUGGAGAAGUUUAUUUAGUUUACGGACGGGCACAAGUACAGCAGAGAUGUUCGGGACAGCUGUGCUGGGCGUGGUGAUGGCUCUGGCGUGGACGGUGACUGGCCUGCCAGAUUACGGCGCGCCAUCCGGUGGUGGGUACAUCAAAGUGGCACCCAUCUCCCCCUCCUAUGGCCCACCACCCAAGGAGCAAGCUUGCUACCCUAAGUAUGUGACCAAGACGAUGACGAAGGAUGUGCAGGACACUGAGGGUCACUACGCCUCGGUGGUGAAGAAGGUGGCCACCACUGAAUACGCCUACAUCACGGAGACCCUGGUCUACCCAAAGACUAUCAUCCAGUACUCCACAAUGACUGCCUAUGCUGAACCUAACAUCUACACGGAGACCAAGAUCCUCUAUGAUACAAAGAUGGUCACCGUGCCCGUCUACAUGACUGAGUCUGCCUAUGGCUACAACACAGCCAAGCAGUACUUCACGGAGACCACGGCAGUGUAUGUGACCCGUACCGAAACUCAGAGCUACCCCAUGACCAAUACCGUCACCAACACCGGCUACGAGACCAAGGGUUACUACGUCACCCAGACUAAAGUCCAGCAGCAAUACGUCACUAUGACCGUCACCAACCCAUACUACGUCACCCAGUACGAGACCGAGGUCAAGCAUGAGUACGUCUACAACACAGUCACCGAGUCCGUACACCAGUAUGUCACCAUGACGGUCUACAACACGGUACCCGAGUACCACACCGUCACCAAGUGCUCCACCAUGAUGUACGGCUACGGCUACUAGUGUCGCUGCCACGCCCCCAGCCCCGGACAUCUGCUGUACGCCCGCCGCCCGGCCUGCCUAGACACCCCCCGCGGCCCACAUGGUGAUAUAAGCAGUCGCCUGUGGGCCGCCACCAACACCUGUGGGGAUCUAUGGCGGGUACUCCUGUGUGGCCCGGACCGCCCAUCCGGGCCACACCCGGACCACAACACCGGUCCGCUGUAAAUAAUUUUAAGUCGCCCAUUUUUUUUAUAUCACUUGUGUAAAUAUAUGUUAAGUAAAGCCCUAUUUAUAAUAAA